GUCUUGCAAAAACCUUCGUUACGAUGGCAAAAAUGUAAAUAUGGCUGUGAAUGAGCAUAAUCUGGACCCCACUAUUCGGCAUGGUUGCUUAUUUGUUCGUAACAUUUUUCUGCGGUGAACAUUUAUUACUGUGAAAAUAACGCAAUACAACCAUUUUCCGGUCAAAAGUCAGCCAUCUUGAUUAAAAGUCGGCCAUCUUGGAUUCCAAUAGAAACUCAACCCCGGACUACACUUGACGUUUCUACAGUGGCACCUCUCAGCUGUGCCUUUGUUUACAUAACAUCAGCUGAUAGUGACCUUACUCCUCCUCUUCCGUGGUAGAUGCCGGAAAAAACUGAAGUUCAGGCAGAAGGCAAAAAUUUGCGUGAAUGCAAAGUACUGACGGCUACAACUCAGAAGUUCCUUGGCCGCAUUACCAGCAAUAUAGAGGAUGAAGAGUAUUUGGAGCUUUCAUCCAAAAUUCCCAUGUCAUCGGCAGAACAACUACUGACUGUUGAAACGCUGUUAAAAGCGAAGAUGCGGCUACUGGCAAAGGCAAAGGGUCAUAAAGGUAGUGUGCACGGUGGCCUUCGUUCGUUAUUUUCAGACGAGUUAAUGGCUAACUACAAUCGUAGGGGAAAAUUUGCGCCUUUUGAAACUAAAGUGCAUUGAUAUAAUUUUUGUUGAAUUUUAUAAAAAUAAAUAUAUAAUACCAAAUUUAGAAUAGCUUUGCAAAUAGUUUUUCCAAAAAUAAGCAACAUAAAUAUUAAUUUAAAAUUAAGUCUAAUAAAGUAAGGUAGAUACAUAUAUACAAAGUUACGUUAUUGUUAAGUUAGAUUAAGUUGUAAAUAAUAUU